UUUUUGGUCUGUUAUACAGCAGAAAGAUAGCUGACUUAAUUUGGAGAGCGAUAAAUCACCGGAAAUAUUAUUUUGUUAGAAUCUUGUAAUGACCUGAAUUUGGGAGCACAUUGCUGCAUGCGCCAUAUCAAAGACACCUGCUACUCUGCUGGUCAAUUAAUCAGCCAUCUUCUCGUUACAAACAACAAAGACAUAUUUUACGUGUUUUAAUCUAUCAUGGUAGAAGAACUACAAGUGCCAAAAAAGAAGACGUCAACUGUCAUUUUCAGAUCAAAUGGAGAGACAUGUGCCCAACAACAUGGACCAGCUUGCCUACAAAUACAUGAUGUGUAAAGUGUCCAGCUCUGAUUCUGACUCCGAGAUCAGUCCAAGGUUGUCGGACACCAGCACUAUGGGUUGUGUGAGCAUCACACCAGAGAGUUUGACUUUUCGGCGGACAUUGCCAUUAACUCAAAAGCCUGCAGGAAGGUAUGGCUGUUGCUCUUUGUUUUUGGACCCAUAUGAUGGGAGCUCUGAGGAUUCUGAUGAGCCAAACAUCAAUGGGGGUGUCUCCUGCAGGCGAUUCAAGCAGCAGGGAAAAGGUGGAGGAGGAGGCAGUCGGUUCUCGGGCAGGAGCAGAAGGUUUAUCCUCAAUCAUCCUGCUUCUGUUUCCCUAAGGGAUGUGGAGAAACAUGGCAUGAGAUAUGCUGUAUCAGACAACAAUGUCCAGAUGAAAUGUGGGAGUGACUCUGAGAUGUGUGAUGAUUACAUUUUGACCUCACACAGAGACGGGGAUGGUGGUAGAGCUCUUUCAGAGCAAAUGGCCGAAGAUUCAACAAUGCAAUCCCAAACCAUGGAUGUAGCUUUGCACUGUCAACUAGAUGAUUCCGGCUUUCAUGCUACUAGAUAUUCCACGCCUCACAUACCUGCACCUGUAACCCCAGCAGAAGUGAGUUUGUCCCAGGCGACAGAUCUCUCCUCUGAGAGCUCCCCCUGCCCCUGUAACCUCAGGUCGCUUUACAAGAGAAAGCUGGGUUUCCCUGGAGCAGAAGUGGUUGAGCUGGGGCAAAGAAAGAAGCAGUGUGUUGUCAACAUGGAGGACCAACAGGAAGAAAGGGAAUCUGCAUCUGAAACAUGUUCGAGCCAUCUUACCAUGGACUGACACACUGAAGUACUGCAGUCAUAUCAGUGCCUUAAACAAGUUAAGGUAGAAUGAAAGACUAUAAAUAGUUACUUGGCAAUGCACUUUGUUUACUCAUGUAAAAAGAUCAGAGGAUUUAUAUUUCUAUCUCCAGUUAUUUUGAGUGUGUGAAAUCUGUCACAUAAUGUGUUGAUUGUUCUUAGGCGGUCAUUCUUUUUGUUGGGAGAAUUACCAUUGUAACGUCAGUCUCCAUUAUGGACUGAAGAAUAACCUAUGCACUGGCAAUACAUGUACUGUAUUUCUUCCAUAGACCAAUUAAAGAAAAAAUAAGUUCUGUGAAAAA